AUGCGCCGCGCCGCGCGGGCUCUUCCCGUCAUGGCCGCCGCCGGUACCGGAGAGAGCGGGGCCGGGCCCAAGGCGGCCCUCGCCCGCGCCCCGCGGCCGCGCAUCGGCACCCACGACGGCACCUUCCACUGCGACGAGGUGCUGGCGUGCUGAAUGCCUGCUUUCCCCCCCGAGCCUCACCCCGUGCCCACAUACGCAAGGACCGCGGAGGUGGUGCGCACCCGGGACCGGACCCCGAGCUCCUGGAAACCAGAGUGCGACGUGGUGGUGACGUUGGGGGCGGAGUACGACCCCGAGAGGCACCGCUACGACCAUCACCAGAGGUCCUUCGCCCAGUCCAUGCACAGCACCUCCAGCCCAGCAAGCCCUGGACCACGAAAGCUGAGCAGCGCCGGCUUGGUUUACUGCCACUUCGGCACCCAAAUCCUCGCCACCUCCUGGGGGCAGCCGGAGGACGGCCCCGUGGUGACGGCGCUCUACGAUAAGCUCUACGAGAAUUUCGUGGAGGAGAUCGACACGCCGUCGACAAACGGCGUGGCGCAGACGGACGGGGAGCCCCGCUACGCCCUCACCACCCACCUCAGCGCCCGCGUGGGCCGCCUGAACCCCCGCUGGAACGACCCCGACCAGGACACCGAGGCGGGGUUCAGGCGGGCGCUGGAGCUUGUGGAGGGAGGGAAACGGAGGCACGCAGCGGUGCUGGGGGCCGCGUGGGCAGGAGACCCCCCCCCCCGGCUCCCCCUCCCGGUGCCGCGGCGCCGUCACACCGUGGUCCCCCUGCAGGUGGACGCGAGCGGGGUGCUGCUGGAGCUCCCGCAGGGCGGCUGCCCCUGGAAGGAGCACCUCUUCGGCCUGGAGAAGGAGCUGGACCUGCCCGACCCCCUGCAGCUGGUGCUGUUCCCCGACCGCGGCGGGCAGUGGCGGGUGCAGAGCGUCCCGGCGGGGCCGCACACCUUCGAGAGCCGCCUUCCCCUCCCCGAGCCGUGGCGGGGGAUCCGCGACGAGGCGCUGUCGCAGCUCGCCGGCGUCCCCGGCUGCGUCUUCGUGCACGCCAGCGGCUUCAUCGGCGGCAACCGCACGCGGGACGGGGCGCUGGAGAUGGCCCGCAGGACGCUGGCGCUGCGGCGAGGGGCAGGAGAGCAAAGCGGAUGAGUUCCCCGGCAGGGGGCACCCCGAAAAGAACUCCCCCCCCCCCCCCCCCCCCCCCUGCCCCGGACUGCCGCGGGGGCAGAGCGGGGUCGCAGCCGGACGCUGAAGCAGCGGCGCUGGGGUUUUACUGGUCCCAGUUACGGCGUUGGAUUGGUGCGAGCGCAGGGACCUGACCGAGAGGAUUUUAGGAUCCAGCGCUCCGAAGCUUGCCCCCAUUCCUGUUACGCACCUGCUGCCCGCGGGUUCCCAGCCCCAACACCAGUAAAAACCAGUGCGGUCCCAUCA